AUGAGUCUCCCGCGGCUGUUGAACUCGAGAAUGUUGGAGCUGCGACGACAACUGGUGGCGAGCAGCUCCUCCUCCAACACUACCCGCGACCCUCCACCACUACACCUCAGUAGGAACCUCUUCGGCACCGUCGACCUCCAACACAACCUCAAGUUCGCCCAGCAGGAGAUGGACAAGAUCCACCAAGCGGACAGUAAGCGUUGGAACUUUGACUUCCUCGCUGAGAAACCCAAAGACGGCGACUACAAGUGGCAGAAGACUGUGAACUAUGAGGGCGAGGAAGAUAAUUAUUGUCGUCAUUACGGGGAAAAUGAGUUAGAGGCAGAGGAAGACAAGUUUCAACAAGGCAUCCUGCAAAGGCCCGGGUGCAAUGAACCUCUCCGGCCACUGCAGCGUACAGGUGACGUCACCGACUCCUCCAGCCAAUCAGACAUCAAAGCUAACAUUAAAACCCCCUUUGAACCCACCAAUAGCAAGGAACCUUACUCCUGCUUGGAGUGA